AUGGCGGGGCAGGAAGAUGGCAAGAAGUUGCAAAUAACAAUCUUCGGAUUACUUAAAACUUAUAACUUUCACGUAGCAAAAACAGCUGCCGAGACGUUGCAGCAAAACGACCCAAUAAAAUUCGAGAAUUUAGAAAUAAAUGGCUUACUUGAAUGCGAUUGGCAUGAAUUUAUAACUACAAAGAAAAAGGAAAUCAAAGAAGAAUUUUGGGGUUUCAAUGAUGAUACUGUAGUUUUCGUUAAUGGAGAAGUUUUGGGAUCAACGGGUGUCUUUGUUGCAUGGGCAACUAAAAAUUUCGAUUAUGAAGACUAUAGACCUCUUCCUCUGUAUGAAGCAAUGGCAUGUGAAGCUUAUAAAGAUAGAUUUGAAAAUGCAAAACAUGAUUUUGUCUACAUGGAUGUCACUAUAAACGAUGAAUCGGCCGGAAAAUUAGUUUUUGAGCUUUAUACUGAUAUCUGCCCGAAAACAUGUCAAAAUUUCCGGGAAUUGUGUUCAUCGACUCAUCAGCGUGAAGAUGGCUCUGCUCUCACCUACAAAAACACAUUAUUUCACCGAAUUCUUAAAGGUGGAUGGGUACAAGCCGGAGACGUAAUUGAUGGUAGCGGGGCUAAUACUGAAUCAAUUUAUGGACCUGUUUUUGAAGACGAAAAUUUCUCAGUUCAUCAUGAUAGACGUGGCAUUCUAGGAAUGGCAAAUAAAGGAAGACACACGAAUGGUUCUCAAUUCUACAUUACACUUAGUCCAGCUAAGUGGAUGGAUACUAAAUUCGUUGCAUUCGGACGACUAGUCGAAGGAAACACGACUCUGAUGACUUUGGAAGCUCAGAAAACCUAUAAUGAACGGCCUACGGUAUUCUGUAGAAUUGCCGAUAGUGGCAUAUAUAAAGCUGAUUAA